AAAUGAAAGCAAUUGUCUGAGGAUGGUAAUGGACCAAUCUGAUAUGUGGGACAAUUUGUAGAAAAAGCUUUGAAGAAAAGGUUCAAAUCCAGGUCAUGUGAAAUGAUUGCUCUAAACACAAUAUAGCUGUUUUCGGACAGAUGCGAUGUCUAUCUAAGUCUAUGAGCAAAACUCAACUCUCCUUUUGGCGCGGUCCGCGUGAAGUUCGGCCAUUUUGUUUUGGCGAGGUCUUUCAAAACUAGGAGAAAUUUAGCUACAUGUCUUGGUAGUAGACUGCAGAUUUCAUUCAUCAAACAAACUCGUUUAGGUUUUAACUAAACCGCUUUUGGAACCUCAAAACAACAAGUGCGUGGCGAUCGAGGGUAAGGAAGAAUAAAACAAUUAAAAAAUAAAUAAAACAAGUUUGAAAACAUUACAGAGUGGAGUAAAACUUGAAGAAUCAUGGCCACCGCAACCCCAAGCCGCGCCGCGCCUGCUGGAACCCCGCUCUCCCCGACGAGGAUAUCGCGCCUCCAGGAAAAACAAGACCUGCAACAUUUGAACGACAGGCUUGCCGUUUACAUCGACCGAGUCCGGUCACUAGAGCUUGAAAAUGACCGGCUCAUGGUCAAGGUCUCCGAAAAGGAAGAAGUCACUACACGAGAGGUGACUGGGAUUAAGACCCUGUAUGAGGCAGAGCUAGCGGAUGCACGGCGUGUCUUGGAUGAGACGGCCAGGGAGAGGGCCAGGCUUCAGAUAGACCUGGGCAAGGCCAACUCUGACGUGGAGGAGGUGACCAGGAAUCUGAAAAAGAAAGAUGGCGACCUGACUCUUGCCAUGGCUCGGGCCAAGGACCUUGAGGCCCAGUUCAACAAGAGUGAAGCAAACCUGGCCACGGCCCUCAGUGAGAAUGGAAACCUGGCUGCAGAGGUUGCCGACCUGAAGGCCCAGUUAGCCAAGGCUGAAGAUGCCCAUUCUGUAGCUAAGAAGCAGCUGGAGACCGAGACUCUGAUGAGAGUGGAUCUGGAGAACCGCUGCCAGAGCCUGACGGAAGAGCUGCAGUUCAGGAAGAGCAUGUUCGACGAGGAGGUACGUGAGACGCGUCGACGUCGCGAGAAGCGUACCGUGGAGGUGGACAGUGGGGUGACCCAGGACUACACGUUCCAACUGGCUCAGGCUCUGCAGGACCUGCGCAGGCAGCAUGAGGAACAAGUCUCCAUCUACAAGGAGGAGCUGGGCAACACCUUCCAGGCCAAGCUGGAUAAUGCAAAGGUGUCGUCUGAGCUGAAUGACAAGGCGGUGAGCACAGCUCGGGAGGAACUGCAGGAGGCUCAUAUGAGGAUCGAGAGCCUGGCCUACCAGCUCUCUGCCCUGCAGAAACAGGCCUCUGCCAAUGAGGAGCGUGUGCGUGAGCUGGAGAACCUGGUGGCUGGAGAGCGGGACAAGCACCGCAUGCAGAUGGACCUGAAGGAGAGGGAGAUGGCUGAGAUGAGGGAGCGUAUGCAGCAGCAGCUGAACGAGUACCAGGAGCUGCUGGAUGUCAAACUGGCCCUGGACAUGGAGAUCAACGCUUACAGGAAACUGCUGGAGGGAGAGGAAGACAGACUGAAGCUGUCUCCCAGCCCUUCCGGCCGUGUGACAGUGUCCCGCGCCAUGGGCACAGGCUCUUCCCGCUCCUCCUGGGCCAAGAGGAAGCGCGUAGAGCUGCAGGAAGAGUCAGUGGUCGUGCCUCAGGUUCACAUCAACCAGGAGGCAGAGGCCAUCGGCAGCAUCACCAUCGAGGAGACUGACCUGGAGGGGAAGUGUGUCACCCUCAAGAACGACUCAGACAAGGAUCAGUCUCUAGGUAGCUGGAGGCUGCAGAGGCAGAUUGGAGAAGGAGAGGAGAUCACCUACAAGUUCUCCCCGAAGUUUGUCCUCAAGGCCGGCAAGACUGUCACGGUGUGGAGCUCAGACGCAGGUGUGUCUCACAGCCCACCCUCUGACCUGCUGUGGAAGAGCCAGGCCUCCUGGGGCACCGGGGAUGAUAUCACCACCACCCUUGUGAACUCUGACGGAGAGGAAGUGGCUAAGAGAACCGUCACCAAGACGUUGAUGGAGGUGGAGAAUGGAGAUGAUGAUGACGACUUCGAGGAGGAGGAACUGAGAGGAGAAAAGGCCUCUUCCAGGGAAUGUUCAAUCAUGUGAAGAAGUUCCCAUAGUUUGUUCUCCUACAAAAUCUGCUUCUUUUUCUAGAGCCACUCAAAUCUUUUUGUAUAAUUCUGUCUUGUGUUCUUAAUAUUUUUUUAAAAAAUCUUAUAAGACCAUUUAAGAGCCUGCCCAUAUUUUCAAGACCCCGUUUUUAACAUCCAAGUAAUCAUGACGACAAAAAACAAUUUUUGCCUUGAGUUUAGGACUGAAUUCACCCCCCCCCCCCCCCCCCCCUAAUUAUGUUGAGUAAGACAGUCAGACAGCUGGAAGUCUUCUGGAUUUUAAAGAAUAAUGAGUGUUCGUUCACCACAUGAUCCCACAUUCCACUUAAUCUACAUGAAUCAAUGAGAGUAGUCCCCAGGACCGGAGGACACUGGCUUUAGGCUUGCUGUUGUCCUGUCAAGUCAGAAAGGACUUCACUGUGUGCAUGGGAUGUGUUUUAACCCUAGACACGUCUGUUGAGAAAAAGCUGGACCUAAACCUAACCAAUUGUCUGUCUAAAAAGAAAAAAAAGUUGAAAAGCAUUGUAGAAAGUUUUAGGGGGGCAUAGUUGUCCGUGGUGGCAUUUGAAUCGAUUGCUAAUUCGAUGAACUUGUCACCAUCGAGGCAGGAGAGCGAAAAGGAGUUUUGAAGGAGAAUGGUCAGCCUAGAAUCUGUUGCACACUGAAUAUCGCUCCUUUUCAAGGUUUCAUUUCACAAUAUGAUCCUUUGUAGCUCAGUUGGUAGAGCACGGCACUUGCAAAGCUUUCUGGGACCACCCAUACUUAAAUAAAUAAAAAAAGGUAUGCAUUCAUGACUGUGUCGCUUUGGAUAACAGUCUGUUAAAUGGCAUUUUAUCAAACUAAGCACUAUUCAGUGGGUUCCAUUACAGGCUCGAUCAUAGUGGCAGAGUGGAUGUGAUCUUUGGUUCCUUAAAUGUGUAGUAGAUUGUAACUGACAGCUGUCGCUUAGCUCAUGUACUGGCUUUAGUCUGGCAAAUCACAGCAACAGGAUGGAAAUGCUAGGAUUACGUAUUCUACUAAAUGGAUUGGUAUAUUUUAAAAAUGCAUUAAUGCCUACAAUUUUAUAAUUGGAAAUGUUUCAAAUUUUCAACGAAAUGUAUAUUUUUUUUAACGUAAUGAAAUAUAGAUUAAAGACUUUGCUCUUUCUCACAAUAGUACUUUUAUGGUUUGGAGAGAAUUACAUCAGAUGGCGUAGUAAUGAGGCCAAAGAUGAGUUACGAUAGAACACGGCAUGCAAUCAUGCAAAGCUUGUAUUUAAAACGCCACUCUUUAAAAAAACGUUGUUUUGCUCCCAGACAAACUCACCUGAUUCAACUCAUUGAGGGCUUGAUGAUUAGUUGACGUUCAAUCAGGUGUGUACUGGUAUAAACAGUGACUGUACGUUUCCAACCUGUUGUCUUAUUCUGAUGCUGUUGACAUGAUAAAUCAUGAAUUUUUUAUAUUUUUUGAAAAUUAUGUUUCUCAAGACAAGUAGACUGUAAGAACUACAGUGUGCAUAUUUUAAAUGUGACUUAAGAUUUAAUGGUAGGGUUUCUGUUUUAAAACUAAACCAGGUGUAACCUUUCUACCUUAUGCACCUACUGAAUGUAUUGCCGUGCCUAGAAUGAAAGGUAGUCGUGCUACUUCAAGUCAGCAAUAUGAGAUGCAAUUGGUGAGAAUCUGCCUUUUCAUGAAGAUGGGGGGUGCAGUUUGGACUUUCAAAAUAGAAUUGAAAAAAAAUAUUCUAAUGGCAAUAUGCUUGGAUGCGUGGAGGGGGAUCUGUUGUUUCGACUCUCAUCCCAAACAACUACUUGUAGACAAGUUAAAGGGAUAGUAACCCAAAUUACAAAAUUACAUACUGUUCCAUAGACUGCUUACAGGGUAAGGAAACUAAUAUGUAAUUUAGUCAUUUUGAGUGACGCACCCCUUUUUAUAUAUAUAUUUAUAUAUAUAUAUAUAUAUAUAUAUAUAUAUAUAUAUAUAUAAAAGACCUCAGGAUGUGAACACUUAUAAACCUCGUUGAUUUUCCGUUCUUCGUGGCUGGCUGUGCUAUAGCAUCUCAGUGGUUGAAGUAGUUAUACUACCCAAGCAGUGUUAUCUCUUAACAUGGCUUUGAAAUUGGAGGGAAGGAGCAAUUUGGAUUAUUGAGAUUUAUUUUCACUUGAUCAAUAAUCGUGACUAUUACAAAUUUAACACACAAAAAAAGAUGCAAUGUUGCUUUGACUUUUUAUAGUUUUAAUACUGGCCUGGGAAACAUAAUUUUUGUCUGUCUAUUUGAAUGCAGUGCUUUGCAUUAAUUGAAUAUUAUUUUGAUAGGAUAAUUGUAAUUUGUUUUUUCGGGUUCUCUUUAGAUAGAUCAAGUUUGGGUCUAAAAUGGCAGAACUAUUUUUUUUUUGUGUGUGUUUGACUAUAAAGUGUUAAUUCUCCCCCAAAAAUAUUUAGCAAAAUUAGUGUCUAGUGUAAAUGCAUGGCUAUGCUUUUCAGGCAGAGAUUUUUAUUUUACAAUUUUUUAAUUGUCACGGUAACUGAAAAGCAUGGAAGUAAUGUUGCAACAAGGUUUUGUAUUGAUGCAUUUCCAUUGAACUCAAGAGUGGAUCCCUGGGAUUGACGUAUCCACUGCAGACAGGGUAUCCAGACUCUCUUUUUAAUCAUGAUUGAACUGUGACGGUCAUCUUACUAAGUGUUUUCUAUAGGAAUUCCACCACCACUACUGGUGAUUUUACUUAGGCUUCUUGACAGCUUUUAGUUUCAUGCACUGUUUGGUUUAGACACACAUUACUGUUAGUACACAGUACUACUAUUAAUGUGAGUCAAUGAUGUCAGUAUGUAUUCACAGUACUGCCAAAUUAUCAGGUUCUAUGUUACAGAUGUAGCAAGUGAAAUGUGAGAGACUACAGCAUUUUUCUUGGCGGGUUUUCAGUGUUCACUCCUUACCACAUUAGAUGCUGGGAUUUAUUAAGCCAGUGGAGAAGCUAAGAAUAUUGUUAGUACUUUUUACUGUAUCGUAGCGGUGGUAAGGACUGACGAUGAGGAAAUCCAGUUAACAUGGGAGAGCAUGGUUUAGUCAUUUUGAGCCAUACUAAACAUUUGUGAAUUGAUAUUUGGGUCAAAUGCGCAGAUAAACCGAAACCCUAAACUUUAUCACUCUAAGAGGACUUGUAUAGGGAGGGAGCAUGCCAAAUGUGUGUUUGUCAUACUGCUAUUGAUUUUAUUACAUUUUACAAUUUUGAAAUGUUUUUUUUUUUGUAUACAUAAAUCAUAAUAAAUGUUUUCCAUAUUAA